AUGAUAAAUAAAAACAUUCUUCAUACAUCAUUACCAACAAUUGUUAAUAUUUCAAAUGAUGAUUCACAUAUAGAUGAAACUAAUUGUUUUCUUAAUGAACAUAGUGCAUCAAAUAUUUUAUCCGAUUUACCCGAUUCAUGUAAUCUUGAAGAAAAAGAUGAAAACAAAUUACCAUUUCCUGGUUUUGUUGAAAAAGCUUUUUAUUGGCUUCGACAAACAACACCACCACGUUAUCAAUGUUUAAAACUUAUAACAUGGCCAUGGUUUGAACGUAUAAGUAUAUUUGUUAUUUUGCUUAAUUGUAUUACACUUGGUAUGUAUCAACCAUGUGCACAUGAUACUGAUAUAGAGUCGUUGAAAAAAUGUGAUACAGCACUUUGUAUUUGGCCACAAGUAACCGAUUAUUUUGUUUUUGCAUUUUUUACAAUUGAAAUGUGUAUUAAAAUGACAGCGAUGGGAAUAUUUGGUAAAGAAACUUAUCUUGCUGAAUCAUGGAAUCGACUUGAUUGUUUUAUUGUUCUUAGCGAAUUAGUGGAAUUGUUGAUACCAGGUGAUAAUUUAAGUCUAUCAGCUAUUCGUACAGUUCGAGUACUUCGUCCAUUACGUGCCAUUAAGCGUGUACCAUCGGUGCGUAUUCUUGUUAUGCUUCUACUCGAUACAUUACGUAUGCUUGGCAAUGUAUUUCUUCUCUGUUUUUUUAUUUUUUUCAUCUUUGGUGUUAUUGGUGUACAAUUAUGGAAAGGAUUAUUACGUAAUCGUUGUUUUUUACAACUGAAUACUACAAUUAUAGAUAAUUAUGCAUUAUUCGAUGAUUUUCCUCUUCAAUCUUUUUAUAUUCCUCCUGAUCAAGAUUCAUUUAUUUGUUCUGAUCCAUCAUCAAGUGGAAUGACAAAAUGUUCAGAAAUUCCACAAUCUCGUCGAGAUAAUAUGACAUGUGAACUUGAUUUUCAUUCAUUGAAUUCAUUAUUAACAAAUAAAAUAAUAAAUAGAUGUAUUAAUUGGAAUCAAUAUUAUCAAUUAUGUGCCAUUUCUGAUAAAAAUCCAUUUUCUGGAUUGAUUAAUUUCGAUAAUAUUAUUUCAGCAUGGCUUGCUAUCUUUCAAAUAAUUACUUUUGAAAAUUGGAUUAAUAUAAUGUAUUAUAUACAAGAUGCACAUUCAUUUUGGGAUUGGAUUUAUUUUAUAUGUCUUAUUGUUAUUGGUUCAUUUUUUAUGAUGAAUCUUUGUCUUGUUGUUAUUUCUACACAAUUUCAUGAAACAAAAAAACGUGAAACAGAACGAGUUUUAACUGAACAAAGACGUUUUUCACUCUCAAUAGCUACAGUAACAAUUGAUCAACAAGAUUCUUGUUGGAAAGAAAUAAUUAAAUAUUUUCAACGAUUAUCAAAACGUACAUAUGAACGAUUCAGAAUAUUCUGGAAAACUUAUCGACAAAAACGUGAUAAAGUAACAACACCAAAUACAUUAUCUUCACGUAAUGUCAAUAUAAUCUCGUCAACUUCACUAACUAGUCAAAAACAUCGAUCAAACUGUCGAUAUCAUCAAUCUCAAUCAUUAUUAGUAUCAACGCCAUUAUCAAAAUCGAUUGACCGUGACACUGAUACUUAUGACAUUUGUCUAGACGUAAUUGUUCCAAUGUCAGCAAGUAAUAAUUCAUUUAUUGAAAAAAAUCGACGAAAAAAUGAAAAUCUUGAAUUAGAACAACAACUAGAAAGAAAUGAUAUAUGUGAUUGUUAUUAUAAAGAUGAAAUUGUUAUUACAUCCGACAAUAAUCAAGAAGAAGAAAAAGAAGAAAAAUCAAAAUUUCGUCAAAGAUGUAAAAUUUGUUGUUGUUUACCUUUUAUAAUAAUAAAAAAAUUAAUUUCACAUAUUGUUGCUAGUAAAUAUUUUUAUCGCAUUAUUUUCUUAGCUAUUAUUAUAAAUACACUUUCAAUGGCUAUUGAAUAUCAUGGACAACCACAAUCAUUAACAAAUAUAUUAGAAUAUAGCAAUUAUGUUUUUAUAAUAUUAUUUACAAUCGAAAUGUUAUUUAGAAUAAUUGCUGAAGGUUGUUUAAAAUAUAUUAAAAAUUUAUUUAAUAUAUUUGAUGGUGGAAUAGUUUUAAUUAGUCUUAUUGAAUUAUAUCCAACAAAAAAUAGGGGAUUAUCUGUUUUACGUACAUUUAGAUUAUUACGUGUAAUUAAACUUGUUCGAUUUAUGCCAACAUUAAGACGACAAUUGAUUGUCAUGUUUAAAACAUUGAACAGUGUUGCAGCAUUUCUAUUAUUAUUAACGCUCUUCAUAUUCAUUUUCAGCGUUCUUGGUAUGCAUUUAUUCGGUGGUGAAUUUUGCAUGCUUGAAGCAUUCAAUAGAACAUCACGUGAACAAAUUAAUAUGAAAUGCCGUUGUUGUACAUGUGUCGAAUGGAAUUUAUUAAAAAAUUCUACUGAUCUCGAAGAUUUAACAUGUAUACAAGAAAGAACAACCUUCGAUUCAAUUCAUUUUGCAUUAGUAACCGUAUUUCAGAUCAUAACACAAGAAGAUUGGAAUGAAGUACUUUAUAAUGGAAUGAAAAAGACAAGUCCAUGGUCAGCAUUAUAUUUUAUUGCACUUAUGAUAUUUGGCCAUUAUAUAUUAGUCAAUUUACUAAUUGCUAUUCUUGUUGAUAGUUUUUCAAAUGAAAAAGAAGAUGAUAUGACAAAUAAUAAUAAUAGUACGGAUAGAUUGGACAAAGUAAAUCCAUUUAAAACACAAGCAAUAAUUACAGGUAAUAUUCAAAAAUUUGACAAUUUCGAUGAAUCAACAAGUGUGAAACUCAGUAAUGAUGAUAAGAAAAAUGAUCGACGGCAAGAUAUAUUAGCUGGUUCUGUACGUCGUACAAAUUCUGAACCAUCAUUUCCAUCAUCAUCAACACGAUAUUUUAUUAUUCAUGAAGAGAAUUUAAUUGAACAAGAAUCGAAUAAUAUAACAAAUGCAUGCUUUAAUUCAAUUGUUAACCGUCGAUCAACAAUUGAUAAUUCACCAUAUUCAUUUAAUCAAAAUGUAUCGACAAAUAUUUAUCAAACACCAAGAAAUCAAGAAAAAAAUUAUAAACAUACAGAAUCAAAUAUUAGCAGUACUAUACGACUUGCUAUUGAUACUCAACUACCGAUAAACAAUCAAAAUGAUAUGCAAUUAGAUGUGUCAACUGGGAAUGAUACACAACUGGAAUUAACAACUCAGAAAUCACGAGUCAUUCGAUCAUGUUUAAGUCGAUAUUGUAGACAAACAAUAUUAGAAUGUUUAAAAAAACGAGAAAACUAUUCACUUUAUCUUUUUUCACCUUCGAAUGGACUACGCAAAAUAUUUCAACGAUUAAUUGUACAAAAAUCAUUUGAUUAUUUAAUUCUUUUCUUUAUUAUUCUCAAUUGUAUUACACUCGCUAUGGAACGUCCAUCAAUUUCUCCUAUAAGUUUUGAACGACAAUUUUUGAACUAUUCUAAUUAUUUAUUUACAGCUAUUUUUACUGUUGAAAUGAUGAUUAAAGUAAUUGCAAAUGGACUUAUUUUUGGACCUAAUACAUAUUUACAUACCAGCUGGAAUAUUAUGGAUGGAUUUCUUGUAAUUAUUUCAGUUGUUGAUCUUAUUACGAUGAAUCGAGGUAGUAUUACAUCACCCAUAGAGUCGGAUACAACAUCACAUAUUCUGAGCAUGUUAAGAGUCUUUCGUUUAUUACGAACAUUACGAGCACUCACAGUGAUCCAUCGAGCACCUGGUCUUAAGCUUGUCGUUCAAACUUUACUUUCGUCAUUGAGACCAAUCUGUUAUAUUGUUAUUAUUUGUUGUAUAUUCUUUAUCAUCUUUGGCAUUCUUGGUGUUCAGCUUUUCAAAGGUAAAUUCUACUAUUGUGAGGGUCCUUUCGCUCAUAAGGUAAGAACAAGACAACAAUGUGAAGCAAUGUCCGAUCAUCGAUGGAAAAAUCAGCAAUAUAAUUUUGAUAAUUUGGGUCGAGCUCUACUAACGCUAUUUGUUCUUGCAUUAAAAGAUGGUUGGGUACAAAUAAUGUAUAAUGGUAUUGAUGCAGUUGAUGUUGAAAUGCAACCAAUAAAGAAUUAUAGUGAAACAAAAUCAAUUUAUUUUAUAUCAUUUAUUUUAAUUGUCAGUUUUUUUCUUCUUAAUAUGUUUAUUGGUGUUAUUAUUAAAAGUUUUCAUGAUUGUCGUGCUCAACAAGAACUUGAAGAAGAAGCUCGAAAUAGAGCAAAACGUGCAAAAAAAAUUGAACGUCAACAACGUCUUCUUCGUGAAUUACCAUAUCAUGCACGUUUUCCACUAUGGCGUAAAUGUUUGCAUGACGCAUACAUUAGUAAAUAUUUUGAUUUAAUCAUUGCUGCUAUUAUUGUUCUUAAUGUUGUUACAAUGUCACUUGAAUAUUAUUCUAUGCCAUCUGACUUGGACAAGUUUCUUGAAUAUUGUAAUUAUGCAUUUACGGUUGUAUUCUUACUUGAAUUUAUAUGGAAAAUUGUUGCAAUUGGACCAUCAUAUUAUUUUAAAGAUAAAUGGAAUCAAUUGGAUUUAUUUAUUGUACUUUUAUCAAUAGCUGGUAUUGUAAUGGACAAAAUGCUAAGUAGACAUAUUCUUCCAAUAAAUCCUAUACUUAUUCGUGUGACUAGAAUAUUCAGAAUUACACGAGUACUCAAACUACUGAAAAUAGCCACAGGGGUUCGAGCUCUAUUAGAUACUGUUGUUCAUUCUCUUCCACAAAUUGGAAAUUUGGGUCUUCUAUUCUUUCUUUUUUUCUUUAUCUUUGCUACACUUGGUGUUGAAUUAUUUGGAAAAUUAGAAUGUAGUGAAGAACAACCAUGUAGUGGUCUUAAUAAACAUGCACAUUUUAAAAAUUUUGGCAUGGCUCUUCUUACAUUAUUUCGUGUUGCAACAGGCGAUAACUGGAUUAGUAUCCUGAAAGAUACUUUACGUCAAGAUGAUUCACCUCGUGCUGGCAAAAAUCACUUUAUGACUAUAAUUUCACCGAUUUAUUUUGUUGUUUUCAUUCUUGUGGCUCAAUUUGUACUUAUCAACAUUCUUGUCGCUGUGCUCAUGAAAAAACUUGCAGAUUCAAAUAAGAGGAUAGCUGAUGAUGCUGAAAUGGAUGAAGAAAUUGAACGACAACUUGAAUCUGAUGUACAUGAUGGAAAUCAUAUUGAACAAUGA